AUGAAGAACAUGAAGUGGAUAAUUCAUCUUUUUAUAUUAUACCAAAUUACUUUCGAAGUUUUUUCUGAAAUAAGGGACAGUGCUUUGAUGAAUAAAUUGUCAAAACUGAAACCCGUGGGGGGUUUUGUUGGUAAGAAAUUCGUGCCGCUGACAGAGAUACCUCCACCUAACGUUCCACACUUGCUAUCUGGAAGGCGACACUUGGAAGACGAGUGCAGCAAGAAGCCACCAUCGAGAGACGUGCACGAGGGAAACCAAGUGGACAUUAUCGGAGAUUACUAUGACGACAAAGUCGCUAAGACCGUCGCCACAGUCAUCAUACCGGAUCACAUAGAUUAUAAACAUUUCGAAGUGACGACCCAAGUGCCGUAUCUGACGUUGGGAUUUAUAGAAGCUAUAGGUUACCACCCAAGCACAUUAAAGAGCGAACAUCCGAGGGAAUGCGAGAAGAUAUACCAGGAUCACAUAGAAGAGCUUUACACGGACGAAACAACAGAUUAUUCAGAGGAAUCGUUAGAAAUGGCCAAAAUGCCAAUUGAAAUGCCGCAAUCAAUGGAAGACCGGCUCGCGAACAUGUACGAUGACAUAUAAUAUGUUGAUAAUUUUUUUCUUAUU